AUCGAAAAUGUGACCAAGGAACUUACAUUGAAGCUGAGAAAUACAUACAGUUUAAACGUCGUUGGCAAUGCAAUUCGAAACAAGUGCAGAAGCGUGUUGAAAAAAGUCGAGAGAUUCCUUAAUUUCGUGCAAUACCUUGGAUUAUUUAUUGUUCACACAUCAUACGUAAUGCUGGUAUGCACUAUUGUGGAUUGCGGAUGCUGACAAAAAAAUAACAUUUAGUUGUCGUCCACAUGCACGGAUAAUAUUUCAACAUGUCUGAACAAAUAAAGAGUACCGGACGUAACAUCAAAAACCUUAUGAAUGAGUUAAAAUGAAUUUUGCUUCUCUGUCUGUUGCUCUGAACCGUGCAAGUAUUGACGAACUGCCUGACGCGGAUUGCGAGGAAAUUUUAAAACAACUGACAGAGAUUCAAAGCAUGAACGAGGAACACAGUAAAUGGGUUUUAAGAGCUGACACAGAGACGAAGACGGCUAUUAUAAAAGUUAUGACACGUUUAAAUGGGAAAAGGGAACAAACAGGCAGAAAGCAAAGGUUUGACAGUGGCUACGCUUCCUCCGCAGGUUCCAGAGCUCUGUCUGAGCGUCUGUCAGAGGCAAUGCAACCGACGGACCAAACACAAGAAAUGGGACACAGCGAUCAGCCGUUAAUGGUCUCUGAACAUGAUACUCCGAUCCAGGGAGAAAACAUCAGGUUUUUCAGCAAUUACUUUCAAUCUUAGAUGAAGAAUACUACACGCCCGUGUCAGCAUGCGAUUUUUUGCAUUUAAAUUAUUUCCCAACUUUCUUAUCUGCUAAAACGUCUUAUAUUGUAAAAAAAUAUAAGAACUUAAGGUUGUUGACAGGUUUAAGCGAUUUGUUAAAAUCUUAACAAUAUUCCUUUCUUCAGCAUCUGUCAAUAUUAAUUAACGGUGGAAAUUCAACUGUCAAAAGAAAAUGUUAUCACAUAUUUUAUAAUCAUUGUUUGCUUUAUUAAAAUUAAUUAAUUUUGCAAUUCAAACGAUAUACAAAAUUAGCAUUUCUACAUGUAUAAUAAGGUUUAUUAUUAAUCCAGGUAAUAUAAUAACAUUCGUUAAAGAUUAAGAUAAUACAAUUGAUUGUAAAGAAAAAGGUAAACAGUGAUUUAAUCAGUCAUAGAAAUGUGAACGUUGUUAUAUAUAAGGAACAAGUCAGUUUGCCUUUUUAUUACUUGUUAUUAAUAUUUAAGUACUUAAAUAUUUUUGAAACACUAAUUCUUACAAGUAUCGCUUUUUUUAAUUCAUGAAACUAAACAUUUUGAAACGUAAUGUAGGUAAAUUAAGUAUUCUGACAAAACAAUAUUAUGGUGUUGUCGGGUGGUAAGAAUGUUACGCAAGUGGCACUUUUUGAUAAGUUCUGCACAUUUAAAAUUAAUGAAUUAUAAUAAUAUUCUUUCUUCUACUGGUGUGAGAGAAGUUGAAUUGUGAUCGCAAUGUCAGUUGGCGUAGUUAUGAAUAAUACGGAUAAACGAUGGGUGAAUUGCAAACGCCAUUGGAAACGCCUAUGAUGUUUUAACGUGCUCGAAGGAAGGUGUGUUUUUGACUUGAUCACAAUUUGUGUUCGUUCGUCGACGGAUGUAGGAAAUCACACAGACAACCGUUAUGUAAAAUAUGAACAAACGUUAUAGGAAACGGUGUGUUAUAAGGUUGCUGAUUUUGUGAUUUUGUCAUUCGAUCAGCUUUUUUUGUACGUCUACUGAUGUACGAAAUCAGACAAACGUUAUGUAAAAUAUCAACAAACGUUAUUGGAAACGCCUCUGAUGUUAUAACGGACCCGAAGGCAGGCGUGUUAUAAGAUGGCGAUACGCAGCUUAUUUUGUGGCUUGAUCAUCGUUUUUAUGUUCGUCAACAGAUGUACGAAUCAUACAGACAACCGCUUUGUUAAAAAUGAAAAAACGUUAUCGGAAAUGCCUACUAUGUUUAAAUGUGCUCGAAGGCAGGUGUGUUUUAAAGUUUCGAUACGCAGCUGAUUUUGUGACUUGAUCAGCGUGUUCAUGUAUGUCGACGGAUAUAAUGAAUCACUGUUAUGUACAAUAUGAACGAAACAAGUGGAAGAAAUUAGUCAAAUGGGUUAUAUGUUUUCUUUUCAUAUCAUAAAGGUACAAUUGUAUACAUGCUUCUGAUCAGAGUUUUUAGUUGUCGUUUCAUAUACUAUACAUGGUAAAAUAUUGUUGGUCAGUUUUCAUUCAAAUAUAAUUUUCAGGUAAACAUUGAUACAUUAAACUGUAGUUAUAUAUGGUGCAGAUUUUCAUUACAUUUGUUGUUGUUUUUGUGUGAUUAAUUGAUUUUACAACACUUAUUUAAAGAAGUGGUAGCAUGUGUUCGUGUGAAAAUAGAAACACUAAAAUCUAAGAUUAUUAUUAAUGCAAACACUUUACGAAAAUUUAAUUAAUUAUACCUGUUUUCGGUAUCAAAUGCAUUUAUUAAGUUUAGAUAUGUUCGAUGGAGUUUUCUACUGUUGUAUAUAAAUUAUUUGUUUUCUAAUUUUACGUUAUUCUUCAGCAUCACGGCAAACAUUUAUCUAUCAUAUUAUUAUUGUUAUGAGUUUGACAUUUUAAUUACCCAGGCUACAACUAAUUGCAUAUAAUUGUUCGACAUAGUUUUCCAAAAGAUUAAGUGAAAUUUAAGUUCAUAAUUUGCUUCUGCUUUGACCGGCGAGAAGUGUGUCAAUUGUGUAAAAGUGAAAUUAGUCUUGUACCUUAAUGCUGAUACAGUCAUACACGCUGGAUUCUUUCGUCAUCAAACAUUGUUCAGAUAUUACCAUUUAUUUCAGUAAUCAUAAUAUAUUAAAUAUAAUCAUUUAUUGAUAUUUCAAUUAAUAAAUUUAACAAAAGUAGGCAACACAUAUAAAGUGUCGUCGACAUUAUAUUAUUGUAAGCAUUUAUUGCUCCUUUAAUAUUCGUUCCCAUUCUGCAACUGGUCCAAUUACAAGAAGCAUAGCCAUAUGCAUACAAAAGAGAAUAGUAUAGCACCUCAAUUCUAAAAUAAAAGGUUUGGCAUAUAAUAGAUGAUAGUUUCGAAAUGUCACUUUAAUUGCGCUCAACAUUUUUAACUUAACAAAAAUCAUAAAAAGAUUAUGGAUAACAAGAAAUUGUCAAAAAAUUAACAUGGAACACAACGUUUAAA